AUCGCCGUCCGCGUCUAUUACCCGCCCAACCCGUGCGAAUUCCUCCCUCUCGUUCUCUUCGCACACGGUGGAGGUUUCACUGCUGGGAACCUGGACACCGAAGACCAUACCUGCAGAGUCGUGUGUGCAGAGGCCGACUGCAUUGUGGUCUCCGUCGACUACCGAACCGGUCCUCGCAUUACGAUGCCCACACCGAUCGACGACUACCAAGACGCCUAUGAUUGGGUCAUUCAAAACGCAGACGCGUUAGGGGCAGAUACCACCUCUAUUAUUCUCCUGGGCGGUUCAGCCGGGGGAGCUCUGGCUAUUGCAUUGACUUAUCGACUAGUACGACUCGGCCAGGUCCCUGCAGGACUCGCAGUUGUGCAGCCCAUGUCUCUCCACCCAGAUGCUUGCCCUGCAGAAUAUCAGAGUCAGCACACAUCCUACCAGGAGAAUGGCGCGGAGGAUGUUCCUGUGGUGAACACACGCUCCGUAAUGGCAGCCUUCCAGCGCUCGAGUGGCUUGCCUCCUUACCCAGAUUGGACUUGGUUUCCACAAUCCGGUGGUGCAGACGCGCUUCAAAACUUUCCCCCGACUUAUAUCUUCAACACGGAUCUGGAGUGCUCUCGAGAUGACGGUGGGGUUCUGGAAGCGGAGCUGAGAGACGCUCAUGUGCCUGUCAAGAGGGACAUGAUGACGGGGUUUCCGCAUUACUUUUGGGUAUUUCCUGUAACAAAUGGCGGGGCCGAGUUCAGAGACAGGUUGGGAAAUGGUAUACGAUGGUUGAUUCACCAAGCAGAGCUUGCGCAAGGGUUGGGCACACGGCAUAUCUAA